AUGAUGCUCCUGCCUCAGUAUCCGUCCUGGUGGAAAUGCAAGCACGCGGCACAGGUUUACGACUGGGAACGCCUGCUGCUGUCCACCAUUGACGCAGGCGAGCACGUCUACACUGUCUACGAGAAGGCAGGUAAUCGGCAGUACUGCUCGAUAGACCUUCACUUGCUUCAGGCCGCCGCGCGCCCUGUCCACAACCAGUCCGAGCGAGCCGUCAACCUCGUGAUGACACAUCGGCUAAGGCCAGGUAGGGACGGUCUUGUCUUCUUACUUCGUUUUGACCGCGACUAUAGGCCGUUUAAGGUUCCCUUUAAUGGCUCCUUUAAGGGUUCCGUUUACGGAGGGUUCCCUUAA